AUGGACGGCCUACCUUGGCUUCUGCUCAACGAGAUUCUCUUUAGGUUGGACCGCAGAGAUAUGACGAUGAUGCGGUGCACAAAUAGAUAUUUCCGGCGGCAUAUGUCCGAGGACCCUUAUUUUGAGAAGGAAUACAAAUCGUUUUUGCUUCCCAUCCCCAAUCAGAACGUCUCCUCCGGCGACUUUAUGCUUCUCGGUUGCUGCUCCGGCCUUCUUCUAGUCUUCCUUGAGAAACUCUUUGUUGUAAACCCUAUCACAAGGAAGUACCGACUCGUGAACUAUACUUGGUCAAGUCUCUUUGCGAAGAUGUUUAGCGGUGGAGAAAUUAUUGAUCCGGAGAAACGUGUGGGGAUCGGGUUUACGGUCGAUGAGGUCGAUCCAAACACGCUGAGGUUCAAAAUCGUCUGCUUAAUCGAGGAAAAGGAGGAGGAGGCAAAAACGAUGUAUCAAUUCGAGGUUAGUCUAGGAGAUUCGUAUUGGGUACUACCGAAAACGACAAUUACUUGCCACUCAAGCGAGCUGGUGAAGGGUAUGAGACCUAUUUACUUGGACCAAGUUCUUUACUGGUUAAGAAACGACGGAAGCAUCGUAGCGUUCAACACCGUGACUGAGGAAGCACACCUGCUCCAAGCUGAAUUUCCAAACUCUAAAGCAUUGUUCUGCUCCGCGCCAGGGCUAACUCUGUUAGCCGCGACAGAGGAAGUUAUUUGCGUUUAUGCCUUAGAGAACUCCACCAAGUGGGUACUCAUUAGACUGAUACCGAAUAAGGUAGCGUUGGACCAAAAAAAGAGGAUGAUGUCGUCCAUGUCGUGGAAAGUGGCUGCUUACGACGGGAAGUUUUUAGUUUUGACCGAGGCUACCAAGGACGCAAUGGUGUUUCAUGAGUACGACUUGAGAGCUAACAAGUGGACAAUCAUACAAGGGUUGAGCAAUAGUAAUAAUGAAGAUGUUUUUCAGUUUAGGCCGUCUUCGUUCGCUGUGAUUGGAUUAAACAACUUGAUAGGAGAGCAAAAUUUGCUGUUUCAAGUGCAGCCUCAAACUUCUACACUCAUCAAGCGUCUAUCGUCGUGUUUGAAGCAUAUGAAUAUUCCUUCUCUAAAAAUGAGGUCAUUCUGUGUCUAUGAAUGGGAAGGUAACGUGGGCUAUGUAAAAAGAGCCAAGUCUCGUGUUGGUUGA